AUGGACUGUGAUGCCCUGCUGCGGCUGAGCCUCUGGCAGCUGGAUCCCAUCAGGACGGUACUGAACCAGCUGGCAGCGGCGCACGGCGGCUCCCUAGGCCCAGAGGCGCAGGCCGCCCUGGCGCGCGCGCUGCGCUCGACGCCCCUGCUGCGCGCGCUGCCGCCGGCGCCGCGCUACCUGGCGCAGCUACUGAAAGGCCUGGUGGAUCAGCCAGGGUCGGGGGCGGGGGGCGGGGCCAGCGGCGGCGUCUCGGACGAGCUGGCUGAGCUGUGCACUGAGGUGCUGCUGCGGCCGCCGGCCCCUUCCUCGGGCGCCGUGUGGCCCCACAAGACCUGGUAUUACUCGUCCGCACCUUCGUCAGAGCAGCUGACAGUGCUUGAGGCGGCCCAUGCGUCGCGCGUGACGGCUUUUCUUGCGGCUGAAGGUGGUGCGGCGCCCAAUGGCGACAACCACCAUCACCACAAACAUCACGAGCAGCAGCAACAGUCGCAGCAGCACGAGGAGCAGCAGCAACAGAAGCAUCAACAUCACAAUCAACAGCAGCAGCAGGAGGAGGAGCAGGAGUGGACGCAGGAAGGAGAGGCGCCGAGCGCCUCUGCAGGGCUGGUGACCCUGAGGCUGUCACAGAACAUGCUGGACGGCAACACAGGCAAGCGCUGCCUGGACGUCGGCUGCGGGUCGGGCCUGGUCGGGCUCGCGCUGUUCCGCGCCGGCGCCGCGUCGGCGACGCUCGCAGACGGCGACGCCGGCGCUCUCAUGAACUGCAUCCGCAACCUGGGGCUCAACGGCGUCGGGCGCUCCGCAGUGCUGGCGGGCGGCCUGCAGGAGGCCGUGGCGUGCGGGGCGCGGGUGGCCGUAUGCCCCAUGGUUUGGGAGGAGGUGGCGGCAGAAGAGGAGGAUGAGGAGGAGCAGAGGAGGGCGAUAGCGCGGCUGCCCUGGUUUGAGUUGCUGGUGGCCUCUGACGUGCUAUACGACCCCAACAUCGUUGCGCCCUUUGUGCGCGUACUGGCGCGCCUGCUGCGGCGGGCGCCGCCACGGCUCUUAGAUGCGGACGAGGCGCGCGGCGCGCCAAGCGGCUACGGCACCAGCAGCGCGUGCUGCGCGUACGUAGCGACGACGUUCAGGCAGCCGGCGACGUUUGCGCUGUUCGAGCGGCGCGCCGCUGAGGCCGGGCUGCGGCUGGAGCGGCUGGCCACCGAGGGGCUUGGGCAGCGGGGGGCUGUCGCAUUCCAAGGCGCACGCGCGCUGCAGGACCGCGGUGGGAUCAUCUUGCACCGUGUCACCGCUUUGGCAGGUGCUUUGCACCACGUGUAA